GGGCGGUGGCAGCGGGGCCGGAAGGGGCGCGGCGGCGGCGUGCGCCAUGGCGGCGGCGGGGCCCUUCGCGCUGGUGACCAGCUGCACCGCCGGCUUCGCGGCCGAGGAGCUCGUCAAACGUAUCACAGGAAGAGAUGAUCUCACUGUGGGUGCAGUUGCAAGUGGAAGGGUCAAUUUUUAUCCCUGGACAAUAGACAAUAAAUAUUAUUCAGCAGACAUUCACCUCUGUGUAGUACCCAACACAUUUCAUGUUACUGCAGAUAUUGCUGAAUCCGUGCAAGCCUUCGUUGUGUACUUCGACAGCACAAUAAAAUCUGGACUUGAUAGUGUCUCUGAAUGGCUUCCCCUGACAGAAGAGUGGUUGCCAGAAGUCAUGAUCCUGGUUUGUAACAGAGUUUCUGAAAAUGGUGUUAACAGACAGAAAGCUCAAGAAUGGUGCAUCAAACAUGGCUUUGAACUGGUGGAACUUAACCCUGAGGAGCUGCCUGAUGAAGAUGAUGAUUUUCCAGAGUCCACUGGAGUGAAACGAAUCGUGCAAGCCUUGAAUGCCAAUGUGUGGUCCAACGUUGUCAUGAAGAGUGACAGGACCCAGGGCUUUGGUCUGCUCAGUACCUUAGCAGGUGCAAACUGUAGCAUUGGGUCAGAAGAGAACCAAGACACAGAAUCCAAUCCAUCAUCAGCAGAUGGAGAAGAAUCACAGUUAGAUAGCAGAGAAGAUGGAGCGAGCACCAACGGCCUACAGACUGACAACAUUGAGGACCCCACGUUAGAUACAGACAUCCAGGAACUGGCCAACCUCACCACGAGAGACGGUGACCUGGAGAACUUUGAAAGGCUCUUUACAAAGCUGAAAGAAAUGAAAGAUAAAGCUGCUACGUUGCCUCAUGAACAAAGGAAACUACAUGCAGAGAAGGUGGCCAAAGCAUUCUGGAUGGCCAUCGGCGGGGACAGAGAUGAAAUCGAAGGCCUCUCCUCAGAUGAAGAAAACUGAGCUCUGCAGCUGCAGGCAUCAGAGCAGUGCUACAAGAAAUCUUUCCCUGCAGUGAGUGUUGAUUGUGAAAAGCCCCAUUUAGCUUUAGUUGCUUUCUUUGGUUAAAGGAUUCUCCACAUCACUGUAACUAAGUAACACAUUCCACACCUCCUAAUGGUUCCAGUGGCUGUGUCUGACUCUUCAUUUAUUCUCUCUCAGAGGGUUUUGGAAGGUGGUGCAUGCAGGGAGAGGAAAUAAUAAUAAUUAGUUUCCUUUUUUUUUGUUUUUAAUGAACAUUUUUAUUGUUUCCUUGUUGGAGUUUAAAUAAACAAAUUGACUACCAGUUAUCCCUCAACAUAUGGCUGGUGGUUGUUAAGUGACUACUUCAUUCUCAGCUCCACAUUUCAGAUGCAGGCCUGUGUGAUGGGUUUAUGUAGCUACAGAGCUGAACUCCCAGCUCAAACAGACCAGAUUUCUAGCAGCCAGGAGUUGCUGAAUUGUGCACUGCUGUGGGAUGCUCUGCCAGGGCUGCAAGGUGGAUCCUGCCCAGUGCCAAAGCUAUUAAAAGUGGCCCACAGGCUUUGAAUUCUGUUUGUGUGUGCCUGCCUCUGUGCUCCUCUGGAAAGCCAGGGCUUGUGCCACACUCCUUGCAUUCCCAUUAGAAACUAAAUUUGGGAUUAAAUGCAAGACAGAUUUUGGCUGCUGUUCCUUCCAGGGGUGAAGUUCCAUGCCCAGACCUGCAGUGCUUGGCCUCCAAGGGCUGCAGAAUGCACAGACCUUCUGCUGGUCAAUGAUGUCCUAAAGGCCUAAAGACAAAAGCUGUGAUCUCAAAAACCCCACACUGAUGGAUUCAGGCAGCAGAACAUGAACCAGCAUGUGCCCAGUUGGCCAAGAAAACCAACAGCAUCCUGGCUUGGAUCAGGAUUGGCGUGGCCAGCAGGAACAGGGCAGUGAUUGUCCUCCUGUACUCAGCACUGGUGAGGCCACACACUUUGAAUCACUGGGUUCAGUUUUGGGCCCCUCACUACAAGAAGGACUGUGAGGGGCUGGAGUGGGGCCAGAAUGGCAAUGAAGCUGCUGAUGGGUCUAGAGCACAAGUCUUGUUAGAAGCAGCUGAGGGACUUGGGGUUGUUCAGCCUGGAGAAAAGGAGGCUGAGAGGAGACCACCUUGCUCUCUACAACUCCCUGAAAAGAGGUUGGAGCUAGGCUGGGGUCAGUCCCCAUCAAACAAGCAACAGGACAAGUUACACCAGGGGAGGUUUAGAUUGGAUAUGAGGAAAAAUUUCUUCCCCAGAAGAGUUGUCAAGGCCUGUCCCAGACUGCCCAGGGCAGUGCUGGAAUCCCCAUCUCUGCAGGACUUUCAAAGCUGUGGAGGUGUGGUGCUGAAGGACAUGGUUGGGUGGUGACCAGGCAGUGCUGGGUUAGUGGUUGGACUUGAUGAUCUUAAAUGCCUCUUCCAACCAAAACAACUCUAUGAUUCUAUGUUUUAUUACAGACUGAUGCUCCUGUAGGUUCAUUCUAAGGCACCAGAGUGCAAGUCUCAAAUUGCUGCUUCAUGAUACCAAGAGU